AUGACGAAUUUAAAAGAAUCUCGAGCUACUGGAAAAAUGGUCUACGCCCGAUGGACAUUAUUCUUUUUUAAUUUUCUCUUUUGGGGUUUUGGAGUUGCAGCAAUAGGAGUUGGUAUCUGGAUUAUGGUUUCUAAUAACGAUGUGUCCGUAAUAACUAAUAGUUUAUUCCGAUCUGGAACCAUUUUGGUUAUUGUUGGUGGCUGUAUUAUAGCCAUAUUAGGAUUUUUAGGUUGGCUUGGGGCAUAUCAAGAACAUAUUGGGAUUCUAAGCGCUUUCCUUGCUACAAUGUUUACGGUCUGCAUUUUGGAAAUGGCCGGUGGCAUUUGGGCAGGUGUUAAUCGUCCAAUUAUUGUAUCACAUCUACAAGACAAUUUAUACAACACGAUCAUAGCAAAAUACGGACAGCCAAAUGAGGUUCCAGUUACUAGAGCGUUUGACAAUAUUCAACAUAACGGAUGCUUAAGCGCUCUACUAAACAGCAUGACUCAGCAUAAUACAGUCAUCACAGGAAUUGGCGUUACUAUUGGUGUUAUACAGGGAUGUGCUUUAUAA